AUGUUUAAGGGCGGGAUUGACGAACGGAAUUGUGCAUGCCCUGAGUACCAAUGCGAUGAUGGUCGUUGCCUCGAUCUCAAUCGUGUCUGCGAUGGUAAUGCUGACUGCGACUCUGACGAGUCCUGCUGUUCCACGCCAGUUCAUGCUUCGUCAUCAACGGCAGCUCGAGUCCGCAUCUCAGAACGUCUCUCUACCAGCCACUCGUCAAACGUAGGAGAUGAUAACCAUGACGUCCGAGUGUUUUCAUGUCUCCGGCCCAAUACCCCGUUCUCUUUAGGCCUAGGCCGGCCCGAGGAAGACCGGCACCGACUACAGAGGCACCAGCGUCGUCUUGUCAGUUCACGUUGCCUCUUGGCCGAGCAGCGCUGCGAUGGUACACCGGACUGCGCGGACUCCUCCGAUGAAGCAGACUGUUCCUGGGAUGAAUUGGCUCUUCCACGAGUCGUGCAAACAUUACUCUCGAAGCAACCACAGAAUUCAGUUUCACCGCUGAACAAAAAUCAACCCUCACAAUGGCUUCAACAUCAAAGCAAAUCCGCACAGUCAAGCUCCGACCAGGGUCGAUUCAAUCCGAAGUCUGAUAUAGAUGACAAGCAAACUGCUUCAGAUGGAAAUCUAAUGGUUAAUCAGGCUUAG